UAUAUAAAGAUCGUUGAAAUAAUUGAAUAGUAUAAACAUAAAAUAUAGAAUAUAAUAAAUAAAUUCGUAAUAAAUUCGAUAAUAAACAGAAAAUCUCAGACAUGGGAUCAAUCGCCAAUAUCGAAGCUAUUUAAAACGGAAUCUAAAACUGAUUUCUUCUAAUAUUUGUUGUCUCUUAAGUUUGAUUAUGGCUAUCGUAAUAUUCGAAGACACGAAGGAAAAGAAAAGAAAAAAAGAAUCGGUCGUAAAUUUCGUGGAUCCUAAAGUUCGUGAUAAAUAUCGCGCGGCCAGUGGCGCGGCUAGGACGAUGCGAGCGAGACUAGCGUAAGCACGUCGGAGGGCAGCUCAGUGAGCAUUACGUUUUGCAAUCUUGAAAAGCAAUACGCGAAGAUACUGGAAGAGAUGAAAACCAAUGAAGCGCUGGCUCCUUACAUGGUAGAAUAUACCAAACUUUUUGAAGCUCUGUAUAAUGCACACAAACUAGAAAAAGAGUUGACGGAAAAAAUACAUUCAUUAAAGGAAGAAAAUUUUAUGAAUACACACAAUAUAUUCGAAUUAAAUCAAACAAUUAGAAGAAGGGACGAUGAGAUUGAAAUGUUAAAGCAAAAUGUAAUACGUGUAUUGAAACGAGCAGAUGCCGCUCAUACUCGUGAGCAAAACGCACAAGAUACAAUCGAGAAUUUGCGAUUAAACGUACAACAAUUAAGUCAAGAAAUCGCACAAAAAAAUAGACAAUUAGCUGCUGGUGAAGAUACCAGUAUAGCAAAACAAAAAGAGAAUCUGAUAUUAGAAAAAGAAAGAUUGAUAAGCGAGGUGGAAACAUUAAAGGAACGGUUGAAAAAUAUGACUUUAUAUACAGACGAAUUAGAAAACAGGACCAGCAUUGCAACUCAGAAAAUAUCUGAAUUACAAGAAAAUAUCGAUAUACAUUUAAGCGAAAUCUCAAGAGAACGUCGUGGUAGAUUAAAAGCCGAAGAAGAGGUUCUGCAAUUACAAGAUGAAUUAACCGUAAAAAAAGCUGAUCUCGAGGUAAACAACUUUUAAAA